AUAACUGCAUUUUUUUUUACUGGAUAACUGUAGCAGGACUUGCCAGCAGGAGAAUGAAGAGGGUCCUAAUUCUCUUGCUUGCUCUAGCAGGUGUUCAUGCUCUAGAGAGAGGCAAAGAUUAUGAAAAAGAAAAAGUUUGCAAGGAAUUUGCCAAUCUGGGAAAAGAUGGCUUUACAUCUUUAUCAAUAAUCCUAUACAGCAGAAAAUUUCCCAGUGGCACAUUUGAACAAAUCAAGCAUCUGAUAAACGAAGUUGUCUCCUUGACAGAAGCUUGCUGUGCUGAAGGAGCUGACCCUGACUGCUAUGACAAACGUACAUCAGCUUUGUCCGAAAAGUCCUGUGAAAGUGAUUCUCCAUUUCCAGUACACCCAGGAACUUCUGAGUGCUGUGCUAGUCAGGGCCUGGAACGAAAGCUGUGCAUGGCUACACUGAGGCACCCACCACAAGAAUUUCCCACUUAUGUGGAACCAACAAAUGAUGAAAUCUGUGAGGCAUUCAGGAAAGAUCCCAAAGGAUUUGCUGAGCAAUUUAUGUAUGAAUAUUCUAUUAACUAUGGACAAGCUCCUCUGUCACUUUUAGCUAGUUAUGAAAAGAAUUAUCUCUCCAUGGUAGGGUCCUGCUGUACCUCAUUAAACCCAGAUAUAUGCUUUUUGAAAGAGAGAAUGCAGAACAAACACUUAUCACUUCUCACUAUCAUGUCAAAUAGACUUUGUUCACAACAUGUUGCUUAUGGAAGGGAGAAAUCAAGACUCAGCCAUCUCAUAAAACUGGCCCAAAAGGCUCCAACUGCUGAGCUGAAGGAUGUUUUGCCAAUUGCCGAAGACAUUACCACAAUCCUCUCCAAAUGCUGUGAUUCUACAUCUGAGGACUGUUUGGCCAAGGAGUUACCUGAAUACACUGUAAAAUUAUGCAACUAUUUAUCCAACAAGAAUUCUAAGUUUCAAGACUGUUGUCAAGAAAAAACACCUACAGAUGUGUUUGUGUGUGUUUACUUCAUGCCAGCUGCCCAACCACCAGAACUGUCAGAUGUUCAGAUGCCCACAGAGAAAGAUAUUUGUGGUAAAGGAAACACUAAAGCCAUGGACCAGUACACCUUUGAAGUAAGUAGAAAGACUCAGAUUCCAGAAGUAUUUCUCACUAAAAUACUUGCUCCAACCCUGAAAAAUCUUGGUGAAUGUUGCUACUCUGAAGACUCUGCUUCCUGUUUUAAAACAAAGAGUCCUCAACUUAAGAGAGAACUAUCUUCUUUCAUCGAUAAGGGACAAGCAUUAUGUGCAGAUUAUUCAGAAAACACAUUUACUGAGUACAAGAAAAAAUUGUCUGAGAGAUUAAGGGCAAAAUUGCCUGAUGUCACCGAUUCAGAACUUGAAGAAUUGGUUGAUAAACAUUCAGAUUUUGCCAGCAAAUGCUGUUCCAUGAAUUCACCUCCUCUCUACUGUGAUUCAGAGAUUGAUGCUGAGAUGAAAUUAUUCCAGAGUUCUUGAUGCAUGUAUGUUGGCUUAAUCUAAAGUUGGAACCACCCUACGAAUGACAUCUUAUGGCCUAGCCAAAGCCAAACCAGAACUUCUGUAUAGACAACUAGAAUAAUCCCUGCUUUUUUUUCUACUACAAUAUUUUCACACAAUGAUAAGGAUGGUGAUUUGUGAUAGAAAUAAACAAAUACAAUAAAAACCAUAAA